CCCAGGCAGUGUAAGAACAACAUAAACUGUUUGAAAUUGUCUUUCGCUUUUGCAUAAGUUUAUAUCCCCUGAAGUGAUCCCAAAAAAAUAUAAGAGUUUAUACACCCUGCAUAUUGAAGAAAAUCAUGGAUAAUGAUUAUUACUCUAUUAUGUAUGCAUGGUUUGAAAAAUGUGGGAUUAUAUCUAACAUCAGAACACAACUGCGUCAGAACUUAGUUAACGCUUUAAAGCAUAAAGAUCUAGGGCUAUGUAAAAAUAAAGAAGUGAGAUCAGCGAAACAGUAUGUUUAUGAUAUGUUAAUAGCUGAGUAUCUGUUUAGUCAUAAUUAUUCUUUCACUUUGUCGAUAUUUGCUAGCGAAGUUCCGCUUUUAGUCAAUUUUUGCAACAAUGUGUCACAGCACUCUGAUGGCAACGACAUAGGUGGCAAGAAUAAAUUGCAAAGCGAUUACAUAGUGCAUACCCUGGAAACACUGGGUAUUGAUCCAAAUAAACCUGAUGGCAAGCAUAUUAUAUCAAGUUAUAUGAACAGUGAAACAUCAUUGUUAUUAGCCAUUCUAAGUUCUAUAGCUUCGCUAGUUUUCAAUUCACAAUCUUCAGUUAAAAGUUUCUUGCUGGAUAAGGAAACACAGACUAACUUAGCUAUGGAAGCAAAUUUCAUAAAUGCUACAAAAAUGCAAGUAAUGAGGAAGAAAAUUAUGCAACAGAAACAAUUGUAUGAUGAGGAAUUGAAAGCGAAGGAAAACAGAUUGAAGCAGCAAGCAUCCAUUAUAAAACAUCAGCUUAACUCUUUGAAUGCAAAAGUGGAAAAAGUUCAGAAUUUAAUGCAAUCUUUGAUGCUGAAAGAAAAGCAGCUAAACGAGAAGGAAAGCAGUAGCACACAAUAUAUUUUACAGAAAGAAAUGGAGCUGUCUAUGAAGCAAAAUUUCUUAACACAAGAAAUUGAUAGAUUGCAGAGAGAACAAGAUAGUUACAAGACGGUUGAGAACGAUUUGAAAAAAUUGCAACAAGAAUUCAUCAAGAUGCAAAAAGAGAUGUCGCAAGAUGUGUCGAAACAAAGCGUCCAGAACAUUAGAAAUAUUCACGUGCAAACCGAUUUGGAAAAUCGAACAAUAAUAGACGAAUGCAGAACUCUGCAGCAAGAAAAGUUGGAAUUGACAAAUCUUGUACGAGAGCAACGGUCAAUGAUAGAGCAAAUCACGCAACGUAGCGCGCAGUUAUUGCGUCAAUUAGAAAAAAUACGUUUAUUGCAAUCAAAUUCUAUGGUUCGCGUUACCAGUGCAAACGCAAUCGUCAGCGAGAGCAGUUCGACAGAAGAUAUUCUGCAGGAUGCUAAGAUGCGAUUAAAGCGUCUAGAAGAAGAAAGCUCUAAGGCCGAUCAGUAUUUUUGCAAUUUCGUUAGUACCUCUUCAUAGUAUAAAAUUAAAAGAAAAUAUUCUAAAGUAUCAAUUGUAAAAUUAAUUUAUUUAUUACGCAUAAUUAACUUCGUAAAUGCAGUCAGCGUGAAGGUUAUACCUUCUUCACUUCUAAAAAAGGAAAAAGACUAAAUUGAAUCAUAUAUAAAUAUAUACAUAUAGUGAAAAAA